AGUAACUAAUGAGUGUUAUGUUUUUCCAGUUCCAUCACAGGCCCUGGGAACCCAGUUUCUCAAGGGAUCCAUUACUGAUCCCUCAGGCCCCAGCUACAGACUCCCUGACUGGGAGGAACCACACAGAGAGUCCUGGGGAGCAGUCAGCCUCGACCUGUUGCAGAAAGAGAAUCUGGAGGCAGCACUGGUUUCCAUCACAGGCCCUGGGAACCCAGUUUCUCAAGGGAUCCAUUACUGAUCCCUCAGGCCCCAGCUACAGACUCCCUGACUGGGAGGAACCACACAGAGAGGCCUGGGGAGCAGUCAGCCUCGACCUGUUGCAGAAAGAGAAUCUGGAGGCAGCACUGGUCUUUUCAGCUGAUACUUCAUCUUUGCCACCCAUGGAACAAAACAAUGGCACCGAAGUGAAGGAAUUCAUUCUCCUGGGAUUUGCUGGUCAACACAAGUCUUGGCUUGUCCUCUUCAUAGUGUUUCUGGUGAUCUAUGUGGUCAUCCUGGUGGGUAACAUUGGCAUGAUCCUGCUCAUCAAGACUGAAGCUUCCCUUCACACCCCCAUGUACUUUUUCCUCCAAAACUUGGCUUUUGUUGAUCUCUGCUAUGCUACUGCUAUCACUCCCAAGAUGUUGCAAAACUUUGUGGGGACAGAACACUCUAUCUCAUUCAUAGGCUGCAUGGUGCAGUUGCUAACCUACGGUGCUUUUGCAACAAGUGAUUGCUACAUCCUGGCCGCAAUGGCGGUGGACCGCUAUGUGGCCAUCUGUAACCCACUCCGCUAUCCAACAGUCAUGUCCCAGAGAGUCUGCAUUCAACUCUUAAUUGGUUCAUACUUCAUGGGCUUCCUAAAUGCUUCUGUAAACACAAGUUUUACUUUCCAACUGAACUUUUGCAAAUCCAAUGAAAUUAACCACGUUUUCUGUGAUGCACCCCCAAUUCUUGCCCUCUCGUGCUCCAGUAUUUACUUCAACAUCAUGCUUCUAGCAGCCUUUGUGGGGUUUAACUUGACGUGCACUGUGUCGGUCGUCAUCUUUUCCUACGUAUUUAUCCUGGCUGCCAUCCUGAAGAUCUCUUCUGCUGCAGGGAGGAGAAAAGCCUUCUCCACGUGUGCCUCCCACCUGACAGCAGUCACCCUUUUCUAUGGGACUCUGUCCUACAUGUAUCUGCACCACCGCACCCUAGAGUCUCAAGAGCAAGAAAAACUGGCUUCCGUGUUUUAUGGGAUUGUGAUCCCCAUGUUCAACCCCCUCAUCUACAGCCUGAGAAACCAAGAUGUGAGAGAAGCUCUGAAAGGGGUUGGAAAGAAGUGUUUCUAGCUUGGAUACCAACUACUAACUCAGCAUGUUCAACAAGCAAGCCAAAAUUUCUCUCUCAUUUCUCAACAGCAGAAGGUGUGUCAAAUACAUGUGAGAUACAAACAACGAAAACGAUGUAAAGUGUAAUUUCUUAGCUAUAUGAAAACCUCGUGAAAGGUAAUAAAAACAUCUGAAAGGA